AUGGGUGGAUUUGAUUUGGCGCCGCCAACACUAACAUCGUUUCGUUUUUGUUUUAUUUUCUUUGCAUCUUGUGCACUGCCACCACCACCACUACCACCACCACCAUCGUCAUUUACUACCCCAAAAAUAAGGGAGGAAUUUUUCAUUUUUCCCGUCACACAUGUCGCACGGUGGAUGCCGUUCGGGUUGGCCGUGUUGCUCGUUGCCGCACUAGCAGCACCGGUCGGUUCCGCACCGUUCGAUUUCGGAUUCGACUCGAACUUCUCAUCAGACUCGAUGACGGAUUUUAGCGCACGGCAGGAUGAUUUACUUCCAUUUUUGACCGCGGAUCAGGAUGAUCUGCUAGCGAAUCGUCUCGGUACCGUCAUCGGUGCAUUUGGCAACACACUCUCCCAGCUACUGUUCGGCACGAAUGACGUCAGUACGGAUGUAACGUUUUGGUGUGCAACGACUAAUCGGCCCGAGUACGUCCAGGCGUACGUAGACGAUCCACGCAUCACGCAGAAGCUGGAUCCCUCGAAACCGAUCGUCUUUCUUACGCACGGCUGGACGGACAAUGUGAACCGGACCUGGGUGAAGCAAACCGUCGCCGACUACGUACGGCUGAUCGGUGGCAACAUCUGUGCGGUUGACUGGAGCCCGCUAGCGCUGGUCGAGUACAAUUUGGCCGCCCGCAACACACCGAAGGUGGGCCGGUUUUUGGGCAAGUUUGUGCAGUUCCUGCUGACGAAGGGUUUCAGCAUCAAUCAGGUAACGCUCGUCGGCCACAGCAUGGGCGCACACAUAUCCGGCAUUGCGGGUGCGUAUCUCGGUGGGCAGGUUCCUAGUGUGAUUGGGCUCGAUCCGGCCGGACCGGCGUUUACGAAACCGAUCCCGGUGUCGACGGAUCGGCGGCUCGACCGAACGGAUGGCCGGUUCGUGCAAGCGAUCCACACGGACAAAAACAUUAUUGGCACUACGAUGAACUUGGGGCACGAAGAUUACUACGCGAACAGUGGUGCGAGUCCGCAGCCGGGAUGCGAAUUUCCACUGGUGAACAACGAUACCACCAAAUCGUACCUCCAAUUCAUCUGCAGUCACUUUAAAGCCGUCGAAUACUUCCGCGCAUCGCUGGAUCGGCAGAACAUUUUCGAAGGAACGGCCUGCUCCUCCUACUAUAAUUACAAGCGGAACGACUGUUCCGCCGGUACCAAAGAUGACUUCGGUCUAUUCAAUAACAAAACAGCGUCCGGUUCCUUAUUUAUUGCAAUCGACAAAACUGUCUACCCGUACGCAAGGACAGUAGCUAGGAAUGCAGGAAAAUAAAUCCGCUAGCUGUGU